AUGUUACCAAAGGACGAUUCGGAGGCAAGAUUGGACGCGGACAACAAUAGCACCCAGUCCUAUUGUAUGCACACCGUCGAUUUGGAGUUUAGACACGUUGUCAGAUCAACACAUAUUGACAAGAGUAUAGAAGCGAAGAGGAAAGUGAUACGUAUGCUGUUCGUCAUAAUCUUGGAGUUCUUCGUUUGCUGGACACCAUUACACGUCAUUAAUACGAUUUACCUGUUCUACCCCGACGAGCUGUACCAGUACAUAGGACCUAAAGGUGUGGUCUCACUGCAACUCCUGGCAUACUGCUCAUCUUGCUGCAAUCCAAUCACCUACUGCUUCAUGAAUAGAAAGUUCAAGCAGGCGUUUAUCAGCCUCAUCAAGUCUUUUCGGAUAUUUAGGGCCUGCUUCUCUGAGAAGUUGGAGUGUAAACAGGCGACACCUCCUCCAGUCAGCUCCAGCCAGGAUGCUACUGCCUGCGUAAUCAGGGGCAGCCACACUGGACGCACAGGUGCCUACCUACCUACAGAAUAG